UCCGGGGCGGUGGCGGCGGCACCGGCGCAUGGCGGCGCUUCCGCUGCGGCGGCGGCACCACCAUGAACUACAUGCCCGGCACGGCCAGUCUGAUCCAGGACAUCGACAAGAAGCACCUGGUGCUGCUGCGGGACGGGCGGACGCUCAUCGGGUACCUGCGCAGCAUCGACCAGUUCGAAAUAGCCCGGGUGAUGUUCGCGCUCCAGCCCAUCGCUCGCUCCUUGCCAAGAACCUGCAGCACCAACAACGCCCGCCGUCUUCUCCGCUGCCGAAGGCACGAGGGUCUCAGCAAACUUGGUGUUGCACCAGACUGUAGAGCGCAUCCACGUGGGCAAGAAGUAUGGGGACAUCCCUCGGGGCAUCUUUGUCGUGAGGGGCGAGAACGUGGUUCUGCUGGGGGAAAUUGACCUGGAGAAGGAGAGCGACACACCUCUGCAGCAGGUGUCCAUUGAGGAGAUCCUGGAGGAGCAGCGGGUGGAGCUGCAGGCCAAGCAGGAGUCAGAGAAGCUGAAGGUGCAGGCGCUGAAGGAGCGGGGCCUGUCGGUGCCGCGGGCGGACACGCUGGACGAGUACUAGAGCUGCUGCCCCUUCGGGGCUCCUGAUCCGCCUGUGCAGGGACAGAGCUCCUUGGAAAGGCGGCCUUUAUUUUCAGAUUGUAUUUUCUGUACACAAAUCAUGCCUUUAGUCUCCUUGCAGAGAAGGAGAUGAGGUCUGGCACAACGGCUGGGAGCGAGCGUUUGUGUUUGGGAGGCAAAUCGCUGCUCUUUGGGUUUGUUUGCUUUUUCCUCCUCAUGUGACUCUGGGCGAGAGUUUUCCUUGAAGUGUAAAUAAAUCCUUGAUCCUGGCA